AUGGCCUAUGGUUUUGCCGACAAGGGCCGACAAGUGAUUGCGGAUGAUGAUGAUUUUGGGACACAGGGGAGGACAAUUCGACAGAAGAAAGUAACCACUGAGCGACUAUCCAAGAAAUACUCUGGAAGCGAGGCGUACCAACUCUUCUUAGAAGUGUAUCAACUUAUUAUCUGGAAGCAAUGCCAUACACUCAUUCAUCAGAAGGGAUUACCGGCAGAGCUUGAGUUGAUUGUGAAAGAUCUGUGGACACUUCGUCUUCAAAAGCUUUUUGAGAGAAAGGAUGACAAUUAUCAAUCAGAUGAUACUGCUUCACAGCUGUUCAGUUCUCAGACUGAGCGGACUGAACUUGAAGACGAGGAGUACACAUACCAUAGGCGAAAGCUUAAAGAUUCGCCCAAGUGCAGAUGGAUAGCCAGGGAUGAGGUCCCUUUUCUGAGAUUAAGCCGCCUUGUGCCUCAAGACAUGAAAGAAAGACUUCCUGCUGUUUAUCACAACGUUCUUGAUCCAAAGAAUGCUCCUACUGGUGAUCAGUUCCAUCGAGCGAUUGCCAAUUCAGCUGAUCUAUAUUUUCGGGAGUUUGGAGUUACCUUUCCUUCCAUCAAUUCGCCGUUACUGCUGUUCUCCUAUAUUAAACAGCUUGCCCUACCUCAAAUAUAUCCUGCGGUAAAUCGCCUCAACGAAAUGGCGGGUUUCAAAUUUUCGUUCCCCGAAAAGUUUGGGAGAUUCAAUCGAACCUGUUUGCCGGAAGUUCAGCUGAUGAGCCUUGUGAUUAUGGCUACAAAAUUAUUUUACCCUUUUGAUGAUCUGAAAAGAUACCCACAUUCUUUGAAGGAUCCUGCUGCCCAGGUCAUGGAUUGGGACGCAUGGACCGAAGCCCAGAAAGAAUUUGAUCUUCGAGGGAAAUCUGGUGUGAGGAUUGGCAAGGGCCAUGAGAUCGAAGUUAACGAGACAGAUGUCUUUCAGAUGACACCUGUGCAGUUAGAUGAUUAUAUGGACUGGUACAGCAAGAUGUGGAUUGAUACGAAGAAAGGUGCGUUUUGA